CCGGGCUAAUCUGGUUACAUAAGAAACCAUUGGAUUUGCGGAACGUCUCUGCACUAAUCCUCUGAAUGUUCAACUGUCCCGCGGCGGAGUAACACAAGACACACUUGUGGCUCUGAAGGCACAGAGGCGCUGCGUGCACAGGGAGCGCAUGAAAUAAGAUAAACGCACUGACUGGUAUAAUUUGACGUCUAUACAUUUAAAUACAUUCCCGCAAAAGCUGCUAUGCCUCACGUUGCAAACCCGAACUGGCGGCUUGUGCUGUUCGCGCCCGUGACGAUUCCGCUGACGCGCCACUAGCCGCACCACCCAGGAGACAGAGAGGAGAGCUGUGCGCGACCGAACGAGCGGGGAACUGACUGGAAACCGGUUUCUCUUUCUCUUUCUUGUCUCCCUCCUUGACGACCGUGGAAGGAAAGCCUGCUGCGCAAUCCCCGUGGACGAUAUUCAACGAGUGACAGUUAUUCACCAGUAGCAUCACCCAGGCUCUUCUGCAGAGAUGGAGGUACCAGGCUUGGCGCACAACAUCACCAGUCCAUUAAGUCCCUGCGAGGGGAUGAUCAAGGACCUGAGCUUGGACGCCAUACAGUUAUGCGAACGAGAUGGAAGUAAAUCCCAGGAUGGUAGUAUCUCUGAGAUGGAGGAGCUUCCUGUUCCGCAGAACAUCAAGAUCAGCAACAUCACCUGCGACUCCUUCAAGAUAUGCUGGGACAUGGAGCCACGCAGCAAGGAGCGCAUCACACACUAUUUUAUUGACCUGAACAAGAAGGAGAACAAGAACUCAAACAAGUUCAAACACAAGGAUGUUCCCACCAAGCUGGUGGCCAAGGCAGUGCCGCUGCCAAUGACUGUUCGGGGCCACUGGUUCCUGAGCCCGCGUACAGAGUACACCGUGGCGGUCCAGACUGCAUCAAAACAGACUGACGGGGACUAUGCCGUCUCCGAGUGGAGUGAAAUCAUUGAGUUCUGCACUGCUGAUUAUUCCACAGUGCAUCUAAACCAGCUGCUGGAAAAGGCAGAGGUCAUCGCUGGCCGGAUGCUGCGUUUCUCUGUCUUCUACAGGAACCAGAAUAAAGAAUACUUUGAUCAUGCCAGGGAGGCGCAGGAGAACCGGAUGCUGCCUUCGGUGAAGGACAACAGCGGCAGCCACGGCUCACCCAUCAGUGGCAAGCUGGAGGGCAUUUUCUUUAGCUGCAACACAGAGUUCAACACAGGCAAGCCUCCGCAGGACUCCCCUUAUGGCCGCCAACGCUUUGAGGUCCAGGCUGACACACUCUUCAACCCCGACACCAACCUGUACUUCGGGGACUUCUACUGCAUGUAUACAGCCUACCACUAUGUCAUCCUGGUCUUGGCGCCGAAGGGCUCUAGAGGUGACGAGUUCUGCAAGCAGAGGCUCCCUGCUCUUGACAUCACCAACAACCGUUUCCUUACCUGCAAGCAGGAUGAAGGGGGUGACGGCGGUCUGGUGUUCCACCACGCUCAGGACGUGAUCCUGGAGGUGAUCUACACGGAGCCUGUGGACCUGGCAUUGGGCAUGGUGGCUGAGAUCAGCGGGCACCAGCUGAUGAGUCUGUCUACAGUAAACGCCAAGAAGGACCCCAGCUGCAAGACCUGCAACAUCAGUGUGGGACGCUAAGAAAAGGCAGAAUGUAGGACAGGGAUGGAAGGACUAGGGGUGACUGACCUCUACACACACAGGAAGUCUGACGAUGUACUGACGAUGAAGCAGACCAACACAUGCAUGACGCAGCAGAUUUAGUAGACUCCCAGAAAUGCACACCAACAUAUCUCUGACACCGCUCUGUACUCUCAAGAGACCAUCAUUCCCAAAGAAGAGUGGAGAAAACAAACGAGGAAGGUACACACACUCCGACACCUGCACCAUUGUCUCCUCAUCUUAGAAGGAUUUCCCUAAAUGUAGAAAACAUACAUAAAAACAUACUUAAAGAUAUCCCACAUAAGGGACCACCGAGUGAGAAAUCUAAACCUGGGACACCAACAACACAGAUCCAUCCAUCCAUCCUGCAAGUCAACACUGGCGUACUGACCAAACCCUUUAACUGUACUAACAAACAUGGGCUGCUUGGAUUCAAUUUUCUGUUUAUUUUAAUCAGUUGUCCCAUGUUUUAUUAAUGACCUUUGCCUUGUUAUUAUUGAUAUGCUGUUGAUCGAGUGUCCACUGUCUGUGUGGACAAGCAUUUUGUUGUUUCCAAUUACUCUGACUGUCUCUUUAGAAAUGUUUUGUUGUCAUUCAGCAGUAGACAAGUUCAAACUUCUUUUUACCUCCUACUAGUGGCAUGGACUGGUACUACAAUUUUCUAGGGCUCAAUUGUCAUCUUUCUUUAUACCAAAGGUAUUAAAAACCAGACAUAAAACCGCUGUGGAAUCUUAAUAGUUACUAAUGCAACAGCCUCUAAAAUGUGUACUUUGAUGACCAAGUGUGAACUACUUGUUAACUUGUUAACCUUUAAAAAAAAGCAUGAUGCAGUUCUGUGCAGCAUGAGUAUGAAAGCUGUCAG